GUGGCUGGUGGCUAGCUAGCUGUAGCUCCCCCUGUUUCAGCUCCAUCUCCCUCUCCCUGCAGUGCCAUUGUCACGGAAUCAGAGGCGCUUCCUUCUUCUCCUUAUUCUCCGUCUCCUCCAGCAUCUAAAAGUUAAGAACAAGAAAGGAAGAAGAUGGACUGAGUGAGGAAAGGAAAGAUGUGUUUAUUCCAGUGAGACCUGUAAAUCCACAUCAGGAACCCUGUACUUACCCUGUACUUACCCGGCAUCAUGAGCACUGCAACCCUAUCAGCCGUGAGCCCGGAGUCCCCGCUGCCGAUGCUCACGUCGGUUACUCCAGACACCCCGACCCUGGACCCCGGCAUCUCCACCCCUCCUGUAGUCACCACGGGCCCCCCUCUCAGUAUGGACCUGGAUCAUCCCUUACAGGCCAGGGCCUCCUCGCUGGGCCCUGGCCCCGGCCCCAGCGACCUCUCUGGAGGAGGACCCGACGCUGGGCAGGACUUCUCCAAGAGGACCAAACCUCCACCUCUACACAGUGGAGCCGAUUGGAAAGUUGUCCUCCAUCUGCCGGAGAUUGAGAAGUGGCUGAGAGCAACCAGUGACAGGGUCACACAUCUCACGCACUCUGUUGGACAAGACAGCGACAACAGACAUGUGGACGUCCACCUGGUGCAGCUCAAGGACAUCUGUGAAGACAUCUCAGACCACGUGGAGCAAAUCCAUGCCUUGUUGGAAACUGAGUUCUCCCUGAAACUCCUGUCCUACUCUGUCAACAUCAUCGUUGAUAUCAGGACGGUGCAGGUGCUCUGGCACCAGCUGAGAGUGUCGGUCCUGGUCCUGAAGGAGCGUCUACUGCAGGGUCUGCAGGACCCGAACGGGAACUUUACCCGCCAGACGGACAUCUUACAGGCCUUCAGCGAGGACCAGCACCAAACCCGCCUGGACGCCCUGACGGAUGUGGACGACUGCGGGCAGCUGACUAUUCGCUGCAGCCAGGACUACUUCUCUCUGGACUGCGGCAUCACCGCCUUCGAGCUGAGUGACUACAGUCCCAGCGACGACAUCGUGGGAGCAGAGCACAAAAGAGAAGACCAGGAGCCGGACCAGGAGUCAGACCGGGAGUCGGACCGGGAGCCAGACCAGGAGUCAGACCGGGAGCCUUGGGUUGACCAGAGUGACGGACGCUGCCUAUCACACAACAGUUUGGCUGAACUUUUGGAACCAGUCGAGUCAACAAACCACAGUCAUUCUCAAUCAGUUUUACCAACAAUGCAAUGUGCCAUGCCCAACAAGGGAGAAAGUUCAAAGCGGCCCCUGGAGGUCACUGAGGUGUCACACAUGCAGCCCACGCUUCCUAAGAAAGCCUCCCUGUUGGUGAAAGGAGAGGCCGUGUCGGAGGAGUCCAGGAGAGCUUCAGGAAGGGCUCUGUCUGGGUACCACAGCAACGCCACGUUGCCCUCUCUUGUGGAUCCCCCAGACCGCUCCAAGUUCUGGUUGGAACUGGACUCCGCCUGUCCAGAAGACGUUUCCCAGUCCCACGAAAGCCUGCAGGUUGUGAAUGAACCCGACCUCCGGAGACGUCCCAUGACCUCCACCGGUCCAGAGGAGCGUCCACAGAGCUCGAUGCCUCAGGAUGGAAUAUCAGACCAAAUGGAGGGAACUCGGAAAGAGUCACAUACAAACAGCGAGGGGGAUUCAGGCUUCUCCUUGCCGUCCCCCAUGAGGGAACAGCUCCUCUCCUCCGACAUGGAUGCAUCCGGAGAGGAGUCGGAUCCUCGACUGUAUCCCAGCAAGUCCGCCAUGUGGACUGAGAAGCGGCAGGGGUUUCAGGGGGUCCAGGUGUCACUCAAAUCUAGCCCGGAUAAGGAGCACUGGUACGGGUCUGAGGAGUUCCUGGCUCUCCCCGCUCAGCUCCGGAAAACAGAGAUGCUCGCGCUGAAGCUGGAGACUCUGACACAGUCGGUUCCAACGCGGUGUGAGGACUCUACCCAGGUGACUCUGCAGGACGUGGACGACUGGGAGCUGACAGAGCUGAACACUGACUUGGACGGCAUUCCUCCUCUUCUUCCACCGCCGCAUCCUUACAGACGCAACCUGGUCAGUCGGUUCAGCCCAACCUCUUCCAGCGACAUCGCACCGUCACUGGAUGAAAGCAUAGAGUCUGGACCGUUCAGUGAGCUGCCGUCUGAAGACGAGGAGGGGGGGAGAUGUGCGGACCCCGGCCUGCAGCUGAGAGCGCCCCCAGUGGACGGGCGGGGCUGCGUUUCUCUGGUGCAGCAGCUGAUGGAGGACAUUCACAGUCAAGACAAAGACCCUGAUGUCUGGAGGAAGAUGGAGCGCUUCGUGCAAAAGUUGGACGGGUUCAUCUGGUGGCUGCAGGAGGCGCUGGACAGCGCGGACAACUGGACGCAGCCCAGGCAGGACCUGGACAGCCUGAGGGCGUACCUGGACACUCACCUGAGUUUCAAGCUCAACGUGGAAAGUCACGGCACGCUGAAGGAGAGCAUCGUGGAGGAAGGCAGAGCCCUGGUCGGGAUAAUCACCUCCCACCAGUCAGCUCUUAAAGAUAUCCUCGACAUGGUCUCCAGCCAGUGGGAGCAGCUCCAGCGGCAGAUCCGGCGCCAACAUGGGUGGAUGCUCCGUGCACUCCGCUGCAUCCAAGUCCGCCUCCUGUACACCAACCAAUCACAAAAGUCCUUCAAAGUCCUGUUGGAUGCUUCAGCAAACCAGCAGCCUCCAUGCCAGGCAGAAGGCCUGAAGGAAGAGCAGAUCUCCAGCCAGUGUGAAGUCCAACGAGCCGCCCUGGAGAGGAUGGCAAUUAAACUGAGGAGCCUGGACGGCCCUUCCUCCCCACGGAGGAAGAACAACAGCCAUACGGCCAAGGACAAGAGUUUGCAGGAAUUUGAAGCGGAGUAUCAGGAGCUCUGGGAUUGGCUGAUGGACAUGGAUGCUAUGGUAACCGACAGCUAUCAGCUGGUGAUGUCUGAGGAGCAGAGACGGCAUCUCUUCAAGAGCAGCCACACCGAGCUGGUGAUGAUGGACGAUAGGAGGAGCAGCCUGCUCGGCCGAGCCACAGCGCUAAAGAGGAGCGGGACUGAACUACCCAGCAACUUCCACUUCAAAAUGCACAACCUCACACACACGUGGAGACAACUGGAGAAAAUCCUCUCGGAGCAAUCAGUACCUUAUUAUACUAAUCAAAACCAGUCAUCAAAUAUGAACACUUUGCUAGCCAGCGGUCAACGCAGGUCUGCUGAAAACCCUCGCUCAGUCCUGUCCCCCGUCACAAAUUCACUCCUGGAGCAGCUGGAGGCUCGAAUCAAGGAGUUGAAAGCAUGGCUACGAGACACGGAGCUUCUCAUCUUCAACUCCUGCCUAAGACAGGACAAAGACACCUCUGAGCAGCUGCAGAGCUUCAAGUCGCUGUGCUCAGAGAUACGAGGCCGACGCCGGGGAGUCUCCUCCGUCCUGAAACUGUGUGAGAAGCUGCUGCAGCAGAGCCAGUCUGGUCCCAUGGCGGAGGUGGGCCCGGAUGCGGAGAUGCACCAAGAGGCCCUGCAGCUGCUGUCAAUCAACCUGGAGAGGAGGUGGGAGGCGAUCGUGAUGCAGGCGCUGCAGUGGCAGAACAGACUGAGCAGAGAUCUGGGAGAGCAGCAGGUGUCUGGACAUUUCCUGGAACAAGAUUUAGUAGAUCUUCAACAGAUCAGCCUAGUCACAGCCGGGCCGAUGGCACUGGCAUCAGAUGACUCCUGGGAAUGGGAUGAAACAGAUAUUACAAUCAGAGAAUCAGAGCCACACAAAGUCCCAGAGCCCGACCUUACAUAUAAUCUCCCCACAGAGCCAAACAUCCCUCCAGACAGUACCCGGCCCCAUGAGACUCAACCUGUCACCACCAAAACUGAUGCUGCAGCCAAUCAGUGUUUUGAAACCACGUCUAGUAUGACAUUGCCAGAGGAUCAUCACAAUAUAAUCUUCCAAACUAUCCCCCCGAGCAACAAUAAUGUAUACCAAGUAUACAGCCUUCAUAACGUUGAAAUGUACACGCAGCCCCCCCUCCCUCUCAUCUCCUCCCCCCUGUACAAAAACAAAUCAGAACGAAACAAACAGCAACUUCUGCUGAAGAGCUUCAGUAAGGAUUCGUCAUUCUCCUCCAUUGAAUCCCUCCCAGACCUCUUGGGAGGUUUGAUGUCAAACAACCAACAAGCAGACAGACUCGCAGGAGGCCCGGAUAGGGAGAGCGAGGGUGAGAGAGGAAGCGGCAAGUCAGAAAACAGUCGGCGUUCAGACUGUGAGAGUGGGAUCAUGAGUGACACAGGAGACAUAGAGACAGCGGCACUAAACUCCGACACCCAAGGAGAAGAAGAGAAUGAGGGUAAAGAAGGGCAUGGAAAAAGAGAUCAGUGGAAGGAUGAAUCUGUUGUCACCACGUACAAUCAGAGAACACAUGUUAAGAAAGAGAAAGGAUUACUGAGGGACAAGCUUGAAGUUGAAACCAAAAGAAGCAGAAUGGAGGAGAGGCAGAGGAGGGGAAGGGAGGAGGCUGUUGAAAUCCUUAUCAAUGGACAUGGUCUCUUGACACCUCCUGACUCUGAUUCUGAUCCUGAUGUGGGAGGAGUUGACCAUUCCAAGCCUUUCAUGUCCCGCUGUAACAGCACGAUGCUCAACGCUGGCCGCUGUAACAAGAAAAACCCUCCCGUCUGUUCUUCCCAUGUUUCAAGUCUAGUUUUAUCUCAGGGCUCCUCUCUGGAGUCUCUCCUAGAUCUGGGUGUGGACCUAUUUUCUCCCAAAGACCUUCUGCAUCGCAGUGCCUCUUUGGAGAGCUGCCUGAUUCCAUGCCACAACACUGACGGAGAGGCAGGAGGCAGCCUGGCCAGUCUCAGCGAUUUGGAGCUAGGACACAGGACAAGAGGUGAUGACGGUGAAUCUGGAAAGGAUAAGAACAACGGAAGCAUGCAAGAAGAGCCAUCAUCUGGAGAGCUGAGCCGAAGAACUCUUGAUCUUCUGAAACGUCUGGAAAACAUCCAGCGUCCUCUGCUGCCAAAGAUGACCCGCAGUGUUUCCGACAUGACUCUGCGGUGCAGGAUCCCGCAGAAAAGCCAGCUCCCGCUGUCUUCCUCCGUCGGAGGCCGACACACCCCACUCUCUGGGAUAGCAGGCUUUUCAUGGAAAGAACUGCCAUCAAUGAUCAACGAGAGUUCAGCGUCACUAACAGAACUGAGCAGUACCGAAGACACUUCCCUGGGGUCUGAAGAUUUCACCAUGCUCAGAAAUCGACACCUUUUGCUAGAUCCAAAACUGGCAGCCAAUGCCAACUCCAGCUCUUACAGGAAGCAUUGUCACAAUAUCAACAGAGGGGGGCAGGCCGUCGAUGAAGCCGACGCGGCAAGUUUGAGCAUGGUGGUGAACGUCUCUUGUACGUCAGCGUGCACAGACGAAGAUGAAGAAGACAGUGACCUCCUAUCGUCCUCCACGUUGACCCUCACUGAGGAGGAACUUGGCAUCCAGGAUGGAGAGGAUGGUGAAGAGGAGAGGUUAACAGGUCCAUCCUCUGGUAACGAGGAGGACGAUGAAGAGGAAAUGGAGGGUUCUUACAUGUUGGGACUUGAGUACAUGAAGAGAGAGUUACAGAGUUGGGUCCAAUCUCCUCGCACAUCAACUUCCUCUAAAACAGAGGCAGCCCUCAAGGAUGAGUUGCAAUGUGGGAGCGUAACGUCUUCCAUCUCUGCAUCCUCCUCUCUGCACGAGGAGCAAAGCUGUCUUCUAAACUCCUCUCCUGCUAAACCCACGGAAACCAACACCAAGGGUGGCAACAAGAAAACAAAAAGAGAGACAAUAGUGAAGGUAGAAGAGGAUGAGAAUAGAAGGAAUGCUGCAAGAAGCUACGUCAGCCAAUUUGUGGAUGAUGUGGAGAACGGAAAUGUAGACCAGAUCUGUUUAAAAGGUAAAGAUGAAGAUGACGAGCUUCUUCGAGCGGAAUCUGGUGUCUUCACCAAGAAAGGAGAGUUUCUAAAGGAGCUGAAUGUGAACACCAAAACCGGAGAGUCGGUGCCAAAUAUGAGCGACCUGAGAGAGGAAAAGGAGUGUAGUUCAUCCCCCUCCGGCGGGCUCCUCCCCUUUCCCAUCAAACAUGUUUCAUCCUUGGUGGGACAGCUGAUGGGAGAGUUGCCCUGCCACAGUGCCUCCCUCCCUUCACCUCCAUCCCUCUCUCCCAUUGAGGACUUAACAUCCCACCAUGCAUCGCGCCAGAGCAGAGCAGUAGCUGGAGGAAGGAAAGCCAUCACAAUUCAGGAAAAGUUCAAAUUUUCAUCUUUUGUGACAGAAAAGACAAGGAGGGAAGUUAGAACAAAAGAAAACAGGCACAAUCCUCACUCGCCCUGCGGCAGCCACCCUCGCUCCACAUCUCGCCUCCAUCCGUGCACCGCAGAUGAUAGCAAGAAGAAGAACGUGCAUGACUUUGUAAUGGAGAUUAUUGACAUGACCUCAGUGGCACUGAAAAGCAAAGAGAACCAGACUGAAGAAGUGAACCAGAGUGAGAGCGGUGGGUCUGUUCCAGAUCAAGGCCCUUCAUCACUAGGACAGAUCAGAGACAAGGUGCUCGAACAUUCCCACAGGCCUUUCCACCUCCGCAAGGGCGAUUUCUACUCCUACCUGUCCCUGUCCUCCCACGACAGCGACUGCGGCGAAGUCAGUCAGUGUGCUGAGGAAAAGAGCUCCACUCCGCUGCCCUACAGCAUCCCGGCGUGUGACACGCCCCCGCCCAGCCUGGCCGUCCCCAGCCCCGAGCCGAGACACCCAACACCGUCCGCUAACUCCGCACAGUCGUCCAGCUGCUCCUCUCCUAGCCUUAUCUCUAACCACAGUAGAUGUAAUCUUGAUUUGAGGUUUGACGGCCGAGCCUGUGACGCUGAUAGUGAACAGGUUGAAGAGUGGACUAACCCCUCUCUGCCCCCGCCCCCCAGUCCCGACAUCAGGGACGUGGAGACUCUGUUAGCCGCCUGUACAGAGGAAGUUUACCUAGGCCCGCCUCUCUGCUACAGCGUGGCGCUUUCAAAGGGAGCGGAAAAUGUUUCGCUGAAGCCUGCGAGUGCGCGAUCCUCGUUGGUCAGCGUCUAUGAGCUGAAUCACAGCCAACCUUGCUUUACCUGCCCUAAUGCAAACCCUAAAUGUUUGUCUCAAGAGGAGCCUAAUCCUAAACCAGAGGGCGGUCUGAGUGAGCAUGAGCUGGACGAAAACCAGAAUCGCCCACAUUCCCAACAACCAGCUCAUACACAUGAGACGCUGAGCUCUGUCUUUCCUUUUCCGGAGCCGUGUUACAGCUUAUUUUCCACCUCCAAGUUCUCAACAAGUGACUCCCCGUCUCUCCAGGGUCCUGCUUCUAAAUCAGAAAACAGUCCUUCUUCUCCUCCUCCCCCUGUGUCCUCUGGUGAGGAGGAAGAGAAGCAAGGUGAGGACCUGUGUGAUGUUACUGAGGGAGAAGUCACAGCCACUGCGAGUGUCAGCAUGCCGCAGGAGGAGAGGAGUUGUAAUGAGGGGCCUACUUAUCUAAAUCCCCGGGCGCAUAUCGCCCUGAUAGACUCCUUCGCUGGCGAAUGUUUUGCAGAUACUAAAACGCUUGAAUCCAAUAUGGGCACCAUAAUGACCAAGAUAAGUGUCUCCAGCUCCACUACAAAUCCCUCAAAAGAGCCAGCCACCACUGCCACGCGUAUUAAUCCCAAAAUUAACUGCUCAGCGAUGAGAAAGGCAGAUAAGAAGGAGGGGGAGAGACGUGGAGAGGUAUCUGCUCAAUGGGCGAACCAGGAAAAGAAGAGCAGGAAAGCACGGGCCAGCUCACGGCAGGAGGCGAAGGGCGGACCGGUGCAGCAGGUGAGCUCUCAGCCAGUGGUGAAAGUUGCCACCAGGGCACAACAUGGGGGGAGCACGGCCACGGGGAAGUUGCCCAGCUCUGGAACAAAGACACACAAAAGACCACCCGUGGUGUGCGGCGGGCCCUCGAGCAUCCAGCUGUAAUGGAGCUCCUCCAUCGUCUCGCCAUCGCGUCAGGCCGUGUGGGGGUCGUCCCCCCGACGUCAGGAGCUUCUCCGUCCGUCCGCCCUCUUCCUGCUGCUGUUCAGCGGAAGCAUCUUCAAACACUGGACUAGUCACACGCUCAUGUUAGGAUGACCCUCAACGUCUUUCUCAGUUUAGAAAUAUACAUGUUUUAUUCAGAUCAGAUCUCCCGAGUUAUAAUGAGUGUUAUUUUAGUGUUCAACUUUUGAUUUACAAGCAGCUCAAAGGGUUGGGCUGAGGAAAUGCGAUCCGUACGAGAAAGGAAGCGUCUUCAGCUGGUUUACCGGACGCUACCAUUUGAAAAUAAAACAACCCACCAAAUUUAAUGUUUAAUCCUGGUGACUAUAAAGAUGGAUGAUUGGA